AUGGACACAGAUAUGGACGUCGACGUCCCAAUGCAAGACGUGGCAACCACCACAACAACAACACAACUAUUAUCAGACGAUGAAGAACAUAGCAUCACACCAACAAGUCAAGAAACGACAUCCAAAAUAAUCGAUCUUUCUCGAACUAAAUCUUCAGUCCCAUUAAAUCUAAAUGACUCCAAUAUUAAUCAGUUAGAUGCAUGGAUAGAAAAAUUAAGUAAUUGUGAAUUCCUCUCUGAAGAUGACGUUGAAAGACUUUGUAAAAUGGCUGUGGAUGUCAUACAAUUUGAAGAAAACGUUAAACCUAUUCAAGUCCCCGUCACCAUCUGUGGUGAUAUUCAUGGUCAAUUUCAUGAUUUGAUGGAGUUGUUCAAGAUUGGUGGACCUUGUCCGGAUAAUAAUUAUUUGUUUAUGGGAGAUUAUGUGGAUAGAGGUUACUAUUCGGUGGAGACAGUAUCCUUCUUGGUAGCAAUGAAAAUUAGAUACCCAAAUAGAAUCACUAUACUGAGGGGUAAUCAUGAAUCAAGACAAAUUACCCAAGUUUAUAGGUUUUAUGAUGAAUGUUUGAGGAAAUAUGGGAGUGCGAAUGUUUGGAAAAUGUUUACGGAUUUGUUUGAUUAUUUCCCCAUCACUGCAUUAGUCGAUAAUAAGAUCUUUUGUUUGCAUGGUGGGUUAUCACCAAUGAUUGAAACUAUUGAUCAAGUUAGAGAAUUAGAUAGAAUACAAGAAGUACCACAUGAAGGACCCAUGUGUGAUCUACUAUGGUCAGACCCUGAUGAUAGAGGUGGAUGGGGGAUCAGUCCCAGAGGUGCAGGUUUCACUUUUGGUCAAGAUAUUAGUGAACAAUUUAAUCAUACAAAUGGAUUGGAUUUAAUAGCAAGAGCUCAUCAAUUGGUUAUGGACGGAUAUUCUUGGUCACAUCCGAAUAAUGUAGUUACGAUAUUUAGUGCUCCGAAUUAUUGUUAUAGAUGCGGGAAUCAAGCAGCAAUUAUGGAAGUGGAUGAAAAUCAUAAUAAACAAUUCUUACAAUAUGAUCCUUCAGUUAGACCAGGUGCCCCUACGGUAAGUAGAAAGACACCAGAUUAUUUCUUAUGA